AUGACGACCCCGCCCGCCCACCUCCUGCCGGACUACGACGCCGCCAAAGCCAAGGUCGCAGAACUCCGUGGCAUCCUCCUCGCUCACGACGUCCCGUACCAGUCGAACGCCAAGAAGCCAGAGCUCGUCAGGCUCUUCCAGAAGCAUGUCUUGCCGCAAGCAGAGGCCCUCCUCGACCAAAUGCGCACAGUCCGCGCAUCCGACGACGGCGUCCUCGAUGGCGAGAGCCAAGGCAGCUCGUUGAGGGAACUCGAUACGGACUACGAGCAGGAUGCCGCGGGAGACGAGGAGGCGGAUGUGAGGCUGGCGGCACGAAAGAAGGGCAAGGCGCGCGCGGGCACGGGUACGGGCACGAGGGCGCGGAAAGGCGGAAAGGGGAAGGGAAGGGCGAAGGAGGUGGACGAGACGACCGGGACCGAGACGGAGGACGGUGCCGUCGAGCAGGAAGAGGAGGAGGAUGCCGCUCCCCCGCCGAAGAAGCGUGCAGCAAAGGGUCGCAAGUCUGUCAGGCUGCCGAGUCCGCCGGACGAGAUGGAGGUCGAUGAGGAGGGGAACGUCCAGCUCGAGACGGUCGAGUAUGAGGCGCCGAGGGAGUACGAGGCUCCGCUGCGCGGCUCGGAUGACGACGACUCGCCCGUCGUGUCACCUAGGAAGCGCAAAGCUCAGGACGAAGGCCCUGCCACUCCUCGCCUCAGCGAUUUGACCGCCCCAUCGAAGCGCAAGUCGCGCCUCUCGCUCGGCGCAGGCGGCGGCGACGGCAACUUCAGCGACUUCAACCCGUUCCAGUCUGGCGGAGAAGAGACGCCUCAGCGGGACACGAAGCGCCGCAAGUCCUCGCUCGGACCCGCUCGCCUGCAGGAGGAGAAGCAGGAGCGCAGCCGCCUCUCGCCGCGCAAGAGCAUGCCGGCUCUCUCGGCGCACAGGCGCGAUGCGGGAACAGCAGGCGACUGGGCGACACCAGGUCGUUCUGGGGCCGGCUUUUUCGCUGGUGCGCCUCGCCGCGAGGAGGAGGAGGAGGUUUUCGAUGAGAUGCCGGAGCCGGAACCUCCCGCGGUUCCUUCGACGAGUCGCUCGCCGGCUCGCGCUCGGCACUCGCUCGGUGGAGCGCUCGCCUCUGCGUCGAGUUCUGCACCCGGCAGCGCUCGCGGUACGCCUGUCGGUGUGCAGUACAUGGUCCCCGUCAACAAGGUCAAGACGAGUCCUCCGCAGAUGGCUGCUCUUCUGCGCGAGCGCGAGCAGGGCUCCGCUGCUUCUCCGGCUGCCGGGAGGGUCGCUGGACCAUCGCCGUACGGCUCGAGGCGGAAAUCGAGCAGCCCGGUCGAGGAGAUCCCCCAUCCUCGCGCCCAACGUCAAGUUGUCGGCAAAGGUCGCCGUUUCAGCGACCAGAAUGCUAUCGCCGUCAAGCCAGCCCCACGCUCGAUGCCGACCUUCGACUUCAGCGGUAUGGGCCGGGUCGCCAGGUGGGCACUCGCCGCCCUCCUCGUGACCUACGUCCUGUGGUGGCGUGAGGAGAAGCUCGCGGCCGGCUUCUGCGACACCAACUCGUCAACCAACGGCCUCGUCGCCUCUCGCCAUACAUCCCUCGCCGUCCCGCUGCCCGACCUUCCGCCGUCGCUCCUUCACUUCGCCGACCACCUUCACCUGCGCCCCUCCUGCACUCCUUGCCCAGCUCAUGGCUACUGCGCCGACGGUGCCUUCGUCGGCUGCACGAUCGACUAUGUCCCUCGCCAGCACCCUCUCCGUCUAGGCGGCCUCAUUCCCAUCUCGCCAGCAUGCGUUCCCGACACCGAGAAGCUCAUGAUGGUCGCGAUGCAGGCGAGCAAGGCGUCACGCUUGCUUCGCCAGAGGAGGGGCGAGGUCAUCUGCAAGGGGCUCGAGAAGCACAGGCGGAAACAGCGACAGGCAGAGGCGUGGAUCUACGGACUCAAUGCCGAGGCGGUCCUUGCGGCGCUGAGGAGCGAGAACGAGCGUGCCGGGAGACCGUUUGCGGAACAGGUGCUGGAGGAGGUGAACCGCAUUGCGCUGCGUGACCUCGAGGCGCAUGGCGAGGUCGUCGUCUGGCAAGACGAUGAUGGCCCUGACGAUUACUGGUACGCUGCGAAGACGGCAGAGAUGUCCCUCUCCUGCCGAGCUCGCCUCGCCGCCAUUCAGUCUGCCAAGCGCCACAAGAGCGCUCUCGCAGGCUUCCUCGGCUUCCUCUCAAUUCUUGGGUGGCUUCGCAGCAAGUUCCGCUCGAGGCGGGCCGACGCAGAAAAGGUCCGCCAGCUCGUGCAGGUCGCGCUCAGGCAGCUCCAGCAGCAGGAACGCGCCCACUACGCCGACCCCGUCCUCAUUCCCUUUCCUCACGUUGUCCCGUCGCACCUGCGCGACCUCAUUCUCCAAGACGAGCACUCGCCGGGCCGCCGUGCGGCCUUGUGGAAAGGUGUCGAAAAGGUCGUUGAGGGCAACGCCAAUGUCCGCGUCAUGAGCGUUGAGCAGAACGGAGAGGAGAUGCGCGGCUGGCUGUGGACGGGCCCGACUGGACGGAUCGAGGUUGGGCUUGGGGAGGAGAGGCAGGAGAGGCCGCAAAUGGUGGAAGGCUCGAGGGUGUUUCCCUCGCUCCAACAGUCCUCGCCAGUCAAGCUGCAGGAGAUUUAG